CUACCGCCCAGCAGUUUAUUAUCACAAAGUGCUGAAGGAGAAAACGCCUAUUUGAGUAUUUGUUUCUGCAGUUUGUGUUGGUUUUUAUUCAGCGCAGAAGUGUCUGUCUAGCCGGACUGAUAUUGUUUAUAAAACCUUCCAGUAAUAUCUGUUUUAGUUGGCAAAUAACUGGAAGAAUGCAGAACUACGCAGACGAUAUCAAGGACUUCGUAGAGCAGCACACAACUGCUCUCACAGUUGUCUUUGCUGCAGGGGUCGGUGUGCUGGCCCUGCGUAGAUGGAUGGCAGGGGGAGUGUGUCGGAGCAAGGCUAGGCUUGAUGGUAAAACAGUCCUUAUCACAGGAGCCAACACUGGGAUUGGGAAGGAGACGGCCCUGGAUAUGGCUCAGAGAGGGGCCAGAGUGAUUCUAGCCUGCAGGGACAUGACCAGAGCCCGCAUUGCAGCAGAUGAAAUUCGACAGCGGAGCGGGAACGGUAAUGUGGUGGUAAAGAAACUGGACCUUGCCUCGCUACAGUCUGUCAGAGACCUGGUCAAAGAUGUCCAGGAGAACGAGGCGCGCUUGGACAUCCUCAUUAACAAUGCAGGUAUUAUGAUGUGUCCUAAGUGGGAGACUGAAGAUGGCUUUGAAAUGCAGUUUGGUGUCAACCACCUGGGACAUUUUCUCCUCACCAACUGCCUGCUUGACAUGCUGAAGAAGUCAGCUCCAAGUCGCAUUGUUGUUGUCGCUAGCCGCGCACAUCAGAGAGGUCGUAUACACUUUGAUGACAUCAACCUUGAUAAAAGCUACAGUCCUGGCAAGAGCUACAGCCAAAGCAAACUAGCUAAUAUUCUCUUCUGCAGAGAGCUGGCUACAAGACUGCAAGGCACCGGCGUGACAGUGUACAGUCUUCAUCCUGGGGUCAUCCACACAGAGUUAGGACGACAUUUUCUCUCUACCUUAGCUAUGUGGAAGAAGAUGAUAGUCAUGCCGUUUUCAUUGCUAGUCAAAAGACCCUGGGAAGGAGCCCAAACCACCAUCUACUGUGCUGUGGACGAGAGCCAGGCAAACGUCAGUGGUCUCUACUACAGUGACUGUGCCCCCAAAGAGCCAGCACCACAAGCCUUGGAUGAUGCUGCAGCCAAGAAGCUGUGGGACCUCAGUGCUUCCAUGGUUGGUCUGGCUUAAACGCAGCAGCCUGAUGUGCAUUUAUCAGUUCUUUCUCUGAGUGGAGUCAGCAGGGCUUGCUUACAGGGGUUGAUAAAGGACUCCAGUUCAUUUUAUCAGCUAAUAUGCAUAAGGGCUUUGCAUUAAUUAAGAUUUUUCACUGCUCUGAUCUCAUAGAACCGAAUGAUUUGCACUACAAAAAAUUGCACUAUUUCCUCUAAGUACCAAAUAAAGCUGUUUUGCAAAGCCA